AUGCAAGCCUCAACGUGCUUUGUUCAGCCGAGCACAGAGACUUCACCGCGGCUGAAAUCACUGCGCCGUGCUGGUGGGCUCAUCAACAAGCUGCGUGCGAAAGAGGGCCGUCCAAAGCCAGAGCUCCAUGAUGUGGACCCUGCGCUUUUGAGCUCUGCGCUGCCACCGGGCUCAACAGCGCCCGCUUUGAAAGCUCGCUCUCACGCAUUGUUGGAAGCUCGGCCUGAACUGCUUAAGGAUGUGUCCAGCGCUUCGGACCUAAAGCUUUCCGCAAUGAGAGCGGAGGAUGCCCAGGAUCUCGCUGAUUUGCAGGAAGAGUGGUUUCCCAAGGAGUCCUGCCGAGGGGGGGCGCCUUGGUGUGCUGAGCUGCUGUCGCAUGAGGGUGUUUUGGCGUUCAAAGCCACUAUACCGCAGGACGAAACCCAAGCUCCAGUGGGAAUCAUUGUUGCCUUAGCCACAAAGCAGGCCUUCGAGGAGCUUGGGGGUGAAGCUACUGUGGACAUUCUUCGCAGUCAGCUCACCAUCCCAAAGUACAUCCCUUGGGAUAGCCCUGAGAGACGGGAGCUGGGCUAUGUGCUUAGUCUUGGCACCAUUGGAGAGCUACGCCGGCGUGGUCUGGGAAAUGCGCUCCUUCAACGGGCUUUGGCUGAGCUUCGUGCAGCUGCCAAAGCAUCACCAAGCUUCCUAGGCGAAGAGACGAAAGACACAGCCUUGCGUGCAGUAGCUCUCCACCUGGCAGACUACAAUCGUGUAGCGCGCACCUGCUACGAACGAGCUGGUUUCAAGAUGAUCAAGGAAGAACCAGACUGUUAUGCAGGGGUGGGGCGACGCAUGCAUUCAUCUUUGCUGUAUGCUCUCUUCAUCGAGUAG